UUUAACGUGAAUUUCAAAACAUUUUUUCUCAUUAAAAUAAACUUUUGAAAUUCGCAUUUUUUUCUUUCCGAUAUAAAAAAUAUUUAUUCUAUUCAGUCAAGGCGACAAGUGGGUCUGCCCCCCAAAAAACUAAAGAAGAAGAAAAAAAAAAAGAACAUAAACCUCUGCCGGAGAUAGAUACCCUUUCUCUCUCUUCUUCUCCAAUUCUCUCUCUCCCUUUUUCAGCCUUAGAUUUCUUCAGGUUUAUUUUUAAUUAUCUGGGUCUGAAUUAUUUUCUCCAUUUUCCCGCUGUUUUUUGCUGAAAAUUGGAUCUUCCUGUUUUGUAGAUCUCUGCCUAGUCUAGAUUUAUUUAUACGAUUCAAAGGGUUGAAUAGUAAGUAGUAAGGGAAGAAAUAAUUGAUUUGAGGGAAGAGUCUUGAUUAUGAAUGCUCUAUCAUGGUGAUGAGUCUUUUGUUUUGUUGACCACAAAAAGAAAAAAGUGAGAAAGAAAGAAAGAGAGAGAGAGAGAGAGGCAGGAAAUAAAAGAUGUGGCCUUUGAAAGGUGCAUUAUUAUUAUUAUUGCUUGUUAAUGUCAAUGAAAGCAAGAAGAUACUUUGCCUUGUUUCUUUUCACACACACCUCAUGUUGUAAUGUAAUCAUGUGCUUUCUUCUAAUUCUGUGUGUGUGUUGUUGAUUCACAAAGUGGGCUUGUGUCAGUCAUUUUGUUGUAAUUCGUAUAGAGGGUUUUCAAUAUGCCUAUGUUUCAGCAUUGUUUAAAGGAUUCCAUCAUUGGGCGAGGGGAUAGCCGUAUAUUGGAUUUUGACACCGCUGUCAAAGACGGUGUACUGGGCGGUAUUGCUGCCGGAGGCUUCGGCGGUGGUGGUGGUGGUGGAGAGAAGUUGGAUCUGAAUAAGAUGAUCGAAGAGCUGAAUUUACCGGAAGUUCCAUCGGUGUUCAUUUGCCCCAUAUCUCUAGAACCCAUGCAAGACCCGGUCACACUUUGCACCGGACAAACCUACGAAAGAUCCAACAUUCUCAAAUGGUUCAGCUUAGGUCACUACACUUGCCCCACCACAAUGCAAGAGCUUUGGGAUGAUACCAUCACCCCAAACAACACUCUCCACCAUUUGACCCACACAUGGUUCUCUCAAAAGUAUGUCCACGUGAAGAAAAGAUCCGAAGACGCACAAGGAAGAGCAUCCGAGCUUCUCACUACCCUUAAAAGGGUCAAGGGCCAAUCAAGAAUCCAUACCCUAAAGGAGCUCCAACAACUGGUCGCUACUCAUUCCACCGCCCGAAAAUCCCUUGUUGAUGAAGGCGGCCUUGUUCUUCUUUCUUCUCUACUCGGUCCUUUCACUUCUUAUGCAGUAGGAUCCGAAGUUAUAUCAAUUCUCGUGAAGUUGGCUCUAAGUUCCGACUGCAAAACCAAUUUGAUGCAACCCGCAAAGAUAUCAUCGGUCGUGGAUAUUUUGAAUGAGGGUUCGGUCGAAACGAAAGUCAACUGCGUUCGUUUAAUCGAAAUAUUGAUGGAGGAAAAAGAUUUCCGUGCGGAAAUUAUCUCGAGUCAUAGCUUACUGGUUUCUCUAAUGAGGCUGGUGCGGGAUAAGAGGCACCCAAACGGGCAUUUACCGGGGCUAAAUCUUCUCAAGUUAAUCUGCACACAUAUACAAGUUCGGAGUUUGAUAGUGAGCGUUGGAGCAAUACCUCAAUUGUUAGAAUUAUUACCUGUCCUAAACCAAGAAUGCAUGGAGUUGGCCCUUUUCGUAUUGGAUGCCCUGUCAUCUGUGCCUGAAGGGAAACAAGCUUUGAAGGAUUGUCCGAGCAGUAUACCAACUAUGGUGAAACUAAUCAUGAAGGUUUCAGAAAGUUGUACGGAAUAUUCCCUUUCGAUCCUGUGGUGUGUGUGUAACCUCUGCCCUGAGGAAUGCUCGUUGAAAGCUGUGGAUGCAGGUCUUGCAGCGAAGCUACUUCUUGUUAUACAGAGUGGCUGCACUCCGGUUCUUAAGCAGAGGGCAGCUGAGCUUUUGAAGCUCUGCAGUUUGAAUUAUUCCGAUACUAUGUUCAUUUCCAAGUGCAAAUUGACAAGAACCAUCCAGUGAAGUGAAUCCAGAAUAUCGAUCAUCUCAUGAGAUGAAAAAAGGGUAGACACUUAUAUUUGUAAAGAUAUAAAGAUAAGCUGCAAAAUAUCUUGUAGCCAGUCUACUCUUACCUUGAUAAUGGUAAUUCCAAUUUUUCGUUUCAAAAACUUUGUACAAGUUUUGUUUUUGGCCCUUACAGAGUGUAGAAUGUAGUAGUAGUAGUACAAAACAGGGCUAUUUGGCCUUUAUCAAUCCAAUGUGUACAAUUCAUUUAAGAGUUA